UACAGCUACCCAAUUUCGUGCCAUUCUUGUUGUAGCCAUAACAACGUCCCCGGCCACGAUGGUUUCAGACCCUCUCACCCUUAUGCUUCAAUGCCAUCACCAGUAUACUUUUAUGGGGGUUAUCCUCUUCCAUAUCAUGAAGCCUACCCUGUCCACUAUGUACCUCCUCCUCCUCAUUAUUCUAUGGAGAUUCCUAAAUAUGAGUAUGAUAAGAAUAUGCCUCCAAGUUUUCACUGCUGUGGGUGUCCUAAUCAUCCUCGCCACCAGAAUAUGGAUAAGGGUGUUAAGAUUGAAGAACAAGGACCGGUUGUUGAAAAGAAGGCGCAUGACUCUUUGGUUCCGGUUCAGUUGAAAAACAACCCUUACCCAAUUGUGUGGAUUCCACCCGAAUCCAUGAAUGGUGGAGAGCAAAGGAAGCUCUCUGAACCAGAGACCAUAGAUGAGAAGAAAAUUCCAUGUAAUUCGAAGCCUCAUGAGAGUUUGGAGUCUCAGGAAGGAGAUCAAAGGCAUGGUUGGUUGCCCUUUGACUUGAACAACAUUGGGUCUUUGAUGCAAGGUGGAAAUAAGGGGCAGGUUCAGGAUCAACAGAAACAGAUGGAGGAUAAAAACAAGGAAUUUCCAUUUCCAAUUUUCUGGGUGCCAUCUUAUGAGGAGAUUGGAAAGAAGGAUAAGGAUGUGAAUGCUUCUCAGGAUCAGCAGUGUGAAGACCAAAAGAAGCAAUUUCCAUUUCCGUUCUUCUGGUUGCCUUAUGAAAACAUGGAGGAGGAGGAAGUAGGAAAGGAGGACAAGAGGGAAAUGAAUUCCACUCCUAAGAUUGUUCCAAUGAACAUUUCUGAGAAGGGUGAUGUUACAAACGAGACUGGAGUGAAUGAAGAGAAACCUGCUGGUCAGAGUGUUGUUGAGAGAAAGGAAAAGACUGCUAAUCAGAAAAGCAUAGAUGUGAAGCAAAUGAAUCAAGAGGAGGAGGAGAACAAAUAUGAAGACACUGAGAGAAGAGGAAGAAGUGUCCCUGUGAAACAUGUAGAAGACAAUGUAGCUUACAAACCUUCUGGUACCAGUGUCAGAGGACAAUCCUCUUUCCCAAAAAAGUCAUCUGAGCUGCCUCCUGUUUGCCUCAGAGUUGAUCCUUUGCCGAAGAAAAAGAAGGCAAAUGGGAGUUCGCGAUCUCCUAGUCCUCCUGGUGCAAAAGGACUCGAGCAAGAGAGUUCAACUGAUGCUACCAAACCCUCUGCUUCUUUGGGCUUGCAAGAGAACGCGCAACAAGAUUCAAAAUCUGCUCCAAGGAACAGCAAGGAGGUGGAGCCUUCCAAAAAGGAGAGGGUUAUUCCAGUGGUGGAUAGGAACAGCACUGUAGACAAGGAUGCGAUGCGUACACCCCAGAUUCCCGUUAGCUCCAAAGAGGGGAUAUCCAGGAAGCCAACCAUUCGGGAAGCUGGGAAAGAUGAAACUAGAUGUGAGGUCAAUGAGGAUGAAGGAGCAAGAAAGGCACGAGAUACAACAGUUGACCAUGUGGAAGAGAUAAAGAAGCCCACAGAGACGGUCAAAUCAGUCGUUGAUGGAAGAAAACUUGAGAAAAAGACCAUGUCAGAUAUAGAAGCUGCUGUGCGUAUUCAAUCUGCCUACCGUGGGUUCGAGGUUAGGAGGUGGGAACCAUUGAAGAAACUGAAGCAAAUAGCUGAAGUGCGUGAGCAGGUGGGUGAUGUUCGGAAUCAUAUCACAUCUUUGGAGACUUCUGAUCUCCAGAACUAUGACAAGCAAAAGGUGGUAGUUGGGGAAACCAUCAUGAGACUUCUUCUCAAAUUGGAUACUAUUCAGGGUUUGCUCCCAAGCUUCAGAGACAUUAGAAGAUCCUUGGCAAGGGAGCUUGUAGUUUUGCAGGAAAAGCUUGAUGAUCUAAUCGCUAAGAAAUGUCAAGAUACACCACAGGAGGCAUCCACUAUUACACGUGUGGAAGAGAUCAGUUCCAAUGCCAACAACAAUAACUGCAUGCUAGAGCAAAAAGAUGAAGUGAAAGGACUUGGUGAAGGACCGGCUGAUGGUGGUAGUGAUAGCAGUCACCAUGCGACAGAGCCUUGUCAAGGGCAAGUGCUUUACACUACCGAUUAUGUGCCUGCUCUGAGAACCAAGGAGCCAGACCUCUCUGACCAUGGAGAGCUGCACAAAGCAUCUGAGGAUAGUGCUCAAGAACUGCCAGUGGCAAGUGGUCUAAAAUCUGAAGAUCUUGGUUCGGAGUCCGUUACGGAACAGAAGAAUGAUGUGGUUAAUGGACAAAAUAAUUCUGGAGAAAUCAGUACGGUAAACACAGAAAUGGGCAAUGGUUCCACUGAGCUCAAGCAAUGUAGUGAAUCUCCAUCUCUUGUAGAAGACAAGACAGUUUGUACAGGUAUCUCUUCUGAAGUUGUUAAUAUGAAUCCACAGACAAUAGAGCUUGAAGAGUUGCCUCGAGGAGCGACUGAUAAUGAGCCUGCCAUUUCAGAGCCUGAGAAGGAUGAAAAAAGAGAAAUGAACAAGAACGAAGUCCACCAAAGUGGUGAAGUGGAAUUAGAAAUGUCACCAGAUGUAACAUCACCCAAUGCUGGUGCUAAUGUGACUGAUGAGGAAGCAGAGAUGCAUGAGCAAGCAGAUUUGCCACAGAGCAUGAUUGAUGAGGAGAGUCCGGCUAAUGAGUUUAAGAAGAUCGAAGAAGUCGAGGUAGUGAAGGAGUAUGAUGUCUUAGAAAGUGGAGAAGAAGAGCAUCAAAUGGUACUUGAUGCCACUUCACAGCAUGAUGGGACUCCAAAUUUGGAUCAAUUAGAGCUACAGCCAGAGGGAGAAAUGGAGGAGCAGCCUAUUCUCCAAUCGAAGGAGCCAGUAAAGAUGGAUUCUCACAAGGAUGAGGAACUCCCUGGAGAUUCAGUGCUUAAGGCAGAGGUGGAGCUCCCGCCACAAGAAGAAGCCAGCAAAGAUGAUUUUCUCCCGCUGGUCUUUGAGUCGAUUGAAUCCCAACCAUUGAGCUUACCUGUUCAGAUUGAAACUCAUGAUGCCGUGCAUGAAGAUGGACCUUCAGAUAUAAUCGACGGUGAUAUUACUUGCUCCUCUGUAUUGGCUGAUGCGGGGAGGCCUAUCGGGGAUGAAGUGCCAAUUGAGAGAAGUACAGAAGACUCAAAAUACCAGCCAGCAGCAACCGCCAGAGAGGACAGAAAGGUGGAGGGUAACAAAGUUGAAUGCGAGGACUACAAUAGACUGGCGAGUGGUGCUGAAACUGCCGAAGAGGAUCUCGUCCUUGAGACACAAUCUACUCCAGUGCAGAAGAGUGAAUUGGCAUCCCCCACCAAGCGAUGUGCCGUGGGAGUCGAAAAUGAAAGAUGCCUAGUUGAAGAGAAUGUGAAACUCAGGGAAAUGAUGCAGAAGUUGAUGGAAGCAGGAAACGAACAGUUGCAAGUUAUAUCUAAACUGACCGGAAGAGUGAAAGACUUGGAGAAAAAGCUGGCUAAGAAGAAGAAAGUAAGGACAAGGAGGUAUAGAGCAGCAUCACCACCUGGAACUUCUUGCAUGAAACCAUCAAACGAUCCGUUGAAGGAGGGGGCCGUUGGUGUUGCAAUGUGAAGAAAGGUCACUCCUUGUCUCGAUCAUUCUUAAAAGAAAUGUUGAGUUGUUGUAAUGUGGGGUUUGAAUCUCUUUGUAUCUACAAUGUGUGAACUUUGUCUGGUCUUUUUAAGUUUUACAGAAUAAUAAAGAACUGUUUGAAUA